AUGUCGAAGAAAGGCAAGGUUGCGGAUGAUGUCGAUGCCAGCCAUGGCUCCAUCCUGUCUUUUUCCGAAGCGGAAGAAGCCAAAUUGGUCAGGAAGAUUGACUUUGUGAUACUUCCGAUGAUGUGUCUGGUGUUCUUCUUUCAAUACCUGGACAAGCAGAGUCUGAGUUAUGCUUCUGUAUUCGGCCUGAUUGACGAUCUUUCCCUUGAGGGGUCGCAAUAUUCCUGGUGCUCUUCAUUAUUCUAUCUUGGCCAAUUGGUAUCGGAAUACCCCUUUAUCUACCUGAUGAGCCGACUGCCACUGACCAAGUUCGUGGGUGCUACGAUCAUCAUCUGGGGUGGAAUAUGUAUGUGCCUGGCCGCUCCAGCCAACUUUGCCGGAUUUGCUGCCGUUCGCUUCCUGCUUGGUGUCAGUGAAGGCGCGGUAUCGCCUGCUUUUGUGGCCAUCACCAGUGUUUGGUAUAGAAAGAAAGAACAUGCGACACGCGUUGGUGUAUGGAUCACGAUGAAUGGACUCGCCCAAGUCCUCGGCAGUCUGCUCAUGUAUGGAAUCGGCAAGACCUCAAUCUCUCAUCUCGCACCAUGGAGAGUCUUGUUCCUCAUCUGCGGUGCUUUGACAGCUGGAUGUGGUGUAUUGUUCUAUUUUGUCGUUCCAUCCAGUCCAGACAAGGCAUGGUUUCUCACUCGGCGAGAGCGAGAGAUACUCAUGGCCCGAAUGGCUUUGGAUAGAGAAGGUGGGGAUCAAACAUCGUUUUCUCUAUCGCAAGUCAAAGAGACUCUUUUCGAUGCCAGGGCAUGGCUGGCAUUCAUCUUUGGCGUGUUGGUGACAAUGCAGUCGCCCGUGUUGACAUUUGCAUCUCUCAUCAUCAAAAAUCUGAAUUACAACAAGUUCGAAACGAUGCUAUACACAUCGCCAUCUGGUGCAUUGCAAAUGGCCUUUAUCUGGCUGGGAAUGCUGGGCUGUCUGGUCCUUCCCAACAAUCGCAGUCUGAUCGUCAUCUUCUUGGCUAUUCCUCCCCUCGUUGGCAAUAUCCUCCUGCUGAAACUACCUCUCUCUGCUGGAUGGGGAUUGAUUGUCUCUUCAUGGCUGGCAUCGUGCAUCUCCGACGUCAUGGCUGUUCUUCUCAGUCUCAGCGCAUCCAAUGUCAAAGGAAAUACAAAACGAGCCAUGGUGAACACCCUCUUUUUUAUUGGAUACUGUGUUGGCUGCAUCGCUUCACCGCAGCUGUGGAAGUCGAAUGCUGCUCCUCGAUACUUUGAAGGCGUUGUAACUGCCAUCGUGACCUGGUGUUUGCUGGUUGCCAUGAUGUGUCUUUAUUGGUAUCUCUGUUGGUUUGAAAAUAGGAAAAGAGACCGAACUCACCAUGAGGAGAGAGAUUACCAAGUUGGGGAAGAUAUCACCGAUAUCCAGGAUCCUCUGUUCAGAUACAGCUAUUGA